AUUUUCAAGUGAAAACAAAAUAGUUAGGCGUAGAAUGGCCGAAGAAAAUGAGACUUCACAGCAGAAAUGCGAGACUACUGAAGAGGUUACGAAAGAAAUGGAGACAGAUAUCAGCCGCUAUUUUGAAAAUGCAUCUCGUACGAUCUUCGAUGAGAUCGUUUCGCCUAAAAAGGAAGAUUUCUUCGACGUGCAAAGAGGUUCUGGGAGUCGAAUCCCGGAUUUUGAAUUACUGACAGAUCAAUCGAACGAAUUUUUAAAGAGUAGUUCAUUGCUUGGUAACGAACGACUCGAUCAUAGUGGCACGAACGAUGUACACAGAGAUGCGUGGAUACCUUCUGAAGAGACAAGGAAAAUCUUACGAAACGUAGCCACGUCGACUGCUGGGACUAGUUUCCUGGAUAGAGAGAACUUAACGAUGCCAGGACUUGCAGUUCAAGGGGACAUGCCCAAUUUGAUAAAGAAUACUGUUGUAAGAUUCCUAGGUGAAGAUGAAAAUAUACAGAGGCAUGUGCUCACUGCUUCUGACGUAACUCAAGACGAACGUGGCUUAAGGACAUUAAUACAAGCUGGUUGUUACAAAGCUGCAAUAAAUUUAUCGGGAAGAUUAUUAGCGGUAUAUGCUCAAGGAUAUGGCAAGAUAAAUCAACCUAGUAAACAUUCUCCUCAUUCUUUGCAACUGUGGUACACGAGGCUAGCUCUUUUAACCAAGCUCAGGCAAAUUGAUAUUUUAGAGAAUGAGUCAAAGCCAUUUGGUAAUCUGGAUAAACCAGACAUGUAUUUUACAUUUUAUCCAGAACUGUAUGGUACCAGGCCAGGUUCUAUGGCUUCCUUUUCCUUUAGACUACUUUUAGCUGAGAUUCCAAUGUAUUGUGCAAAACCAAAACAAGCAUUGGAUAAUCUUUAUAAGAUUCUAGCAAUUGUGAACCAAAUUAUAAUCAAUUUUAGCAAUGGAUUUAAUGGAGAUGGAUCUCGUGUUAAGAUUAACCCUGCAGAACAAGAAGAUGCUAUAAGAUUGUGGAAAGGCAGAAGAUCCAGGACUUUUAUAUCUAUUAUUAACUGUGCUGUUAGCAUGAAAAAUUAUGUAUUGGGUAUAGAUAUUUUAGGAAGACUUUGUGAAUCUGCAGAUUGGUCACCUGAACAAAUGGAUGCAUUGAGAUCUAGUAUAGGUAGAUUGCAUCUAUUUUUGGGAGAUGUUUCGGCAGCAGAAAAAUUUUUAAUCAAUCUGCAUAAAAAAGAGAGUGGUCUUACUGUUCGAGAGUUAACAGACAGAGGAUUAAUGGCAGUAGCCCACAAUUCUUUUCAAGAAGCAUACAAGUGUUUCCAAGCAGCAGAAGCAUUGGAUCCAUCAAACAUAGCAUUAAUUAAUAAUAUGGCUGUUUGUCUUUUAUAUACAGGCCAGUUAAAAGCAGCAGUGCAUUUAUAUGAAAGUAUGAUAACAAGAAACCCUGUAAAAAGUUUACAAGAACCUAUACUGUUGAAUAUAUGUACAUCAUAUGAAUUGCAUACAACUCAUUGUAAACAACCAAAGUUACAUUUACUGAGUCAAUUGAACAGGUAUAAAGGAGAUGCUGUAGAUAUACAGUGCCUGAAACUCCCUUUAAAUUGAGAUCUUUCCGUUCGUCCAUGUACAGUAUAUGAUAGAGCGAGGAUGAAAUUUUAAACCUGUUAUGAACAUGGUUGCGCCGAGUAAUGUAUAAAUUUUAACAAUAAAAAUCACUUUUUUAAAAGA